GGAACUAAUAUAGAGUUUACUUAUGCAGUGUGUAGGAUUUGCUUAGAUCCGACAUACAGUGGCAUGGACGUAAGUGAAGAUGUCGUGACCAAUAUAAUGAAUUCUUUAGAAAAUGAGGCGUUGGAGCAACCAGAAGCGGAUCUUGAGCAAGAAGCGGGUAUUGAUAAUCUUGAGGAAUCUGAUAAGGAGCUGGGAGAAGAGUCAGGAGAGUAUAAUGAGGAUGAAAAUACGAGUGACUAA